AUGUACGACCAGGAGGAAGACCCGCAGUACGAUGAAGAUGAGGAUGAGAUCACCCCUGAUCUGUGGCAGGAGGCCUGUUGGAUUGUCAUCAGCUCUUACUUUGAUGAGAAAGGUCUGGUCCGGCAGCAGCUGGAUUCUUUCGAUGAGUUUAUUCAGAUGUCUGUCCAGAGAAUCGUGGAGGACGCUCCUCCCAUCGACCUGCAGGCAGAGGCCCAGCACACCUCAGGGGAGGUGGAGGAACCACCUCGCUUCCUGCUGAAGUUCGAGCAGAUUUAUCUUUCCAAACCCACGCACUGGGAACGAGACGGAGCCCCUUCUCCCAUGAUGCCCAACGAAGCUCGCCUCCGCAACCUCACAUACUCUGCUCCUCUGUACGUGGACAUCACCAAAACUAUCAUCAAAGAGGGAGAGGACCAGCUCCAGACCCAGCACCAGAAGACCUUCAUCGGCAAGAUUCCCAUCAUGCUCCGCUCCACGUACUGCCUCCUGAGCGGCCUGACCGACAGAGACCUGUGCGAGCUCAACGAGUGCCCUCUGGACCCCGGUGGAUACUUCAUUAUCAAUGGCUCCGAGAAGGUGCUGAUCGCGCAGGAGAAGAUGGCCACAAACACAGUCUACGUCUUUGCCAAAAAGGACUCCAAAUACGCUUACACCGCAGAGUGCCGGUCGUGCCUGGAGAACUCGUCCAGACCCACCAGCACCAUCUGGGUCAGCAUGAUGGCCCGCGGAGGACAGGGAGUAAAGAAGAGUGCCAUUGGCCAAAGGAUCGUGUCCACCCUGCCCUACAUCCGACAGGAAGUGCCCAUCAUCAUUGUGUUCCGAGCGCUGGGCUUUGUGUCCGACAGAGACAUUCUGGAACACAUUAUCUACGACUUUGACGACCCAGAGAUGAUGGAGAUGGUGAAGCCCUCUCUGGACGAGGCCUUCGUGAUCCAGGAGCAGAACGUGGCUCUGAACUUCAUUGGUUCUCGAGGAGCCAAACCCGGAGUGACCAAAGAGCGCAGGAUCAAGUACGCCAAGGAGGUCCUGCAGAAGGAGAUGCUGCCCCACGUGGGAGUCAGCGACUUCUGCGAGACCAAGAAGGCCUACUUCCUGGGCUACAUGGUCCAUCGCCUCCUGCUGGCCGCUCUGGGCCGCAGAGAGCUGGAUGACAGGGAUCACUAUGGAAACAAGAGGCUGGACCUGGCGGGACCGCUGCUGGCGUUCCUGUUCAGAGGGAUGUUUAAAAAUCUGCUGAAAGAAAUUAGAAUCUACGCUCAGAAGUUCAUUGACCGAGGAAAAGACUUUAACCUGGAGCUGGCCAUCAAGACCCGCAUCAUCUCCGACGGCCUCAAGUAUUCUCUGGCCACGGGCAACUGGGGCGACGUGAAGAAGGCCCACCAGGCCAGGGCAGGGGUAUCACAGGUGUUGAACCGUCUGACCUUCGCCUCCACCUUGUCCCAUCUGAGGAGAGUCAACUCCCCCAUAGGACGAGACGGGAAACUGGCCAAACCCCGACAGCUGCACAACACACUGUGGGGGAUGGUGUGCCCUGCAGAGACCCCUGAGGGCCAUGCGGUCGGGCUGGUGAAGAACCUGGCUCUCAUGGCCUACAUCUCAGUGGGGUCUCAGCCCAGUCCCAUCCUGGAGUUUUUGGAGGAGUGGAGCAUGGAGAACCUGGAGGAGAUCUCUCCUGCUGCCAUCGCAGAUGCCACUAAGAUCUUUGUGAACGGCUGCUGGGUUGGAAUCCACAAGGAUCCAGAGCAACUCAUGAACACACUGCGGAAGCUCAGGAGACAGAUGGACAUCAUCGUGUCAGAGGUGUCAAUGAUCCGGGACAUCAGAGAGCGUGAGAUCCGGAUCUACACCGACGCCGGCCGCAUCUGUCGCCCGCUGCUCAUCGUGGAGAAACAGAAGCUGCUGCUGAAGAGACGCCACAUCGACCAACUGAAGGAGCGCGAGUACAACAACUACAGUUGGCAGGACCUCGUAGCGUCUGGCGUGGUGGAGUACAUAGACACUCUGGAGGAGGAGACGGUGAUGCUGGCCAUGACGCCCGAUGACCUCCAGGAGAAGGGCGUGGCCUACUGCUCCACAUACACCCACUGUGAGAUCCACCCGUCCAUGAUCCUGGGCGUGUGCGCGUCAAUCAUCCCCUUCCCUGACCACAACCAGUCUCCCAGGAACACGUACCAGUCGGCCAUGGGGAAGCAGGCCAUGGGCGUCUACAUCACCAACUUCCACGUGAGGAUGGACACUUUGGCCCAUGUGCUGUACUACCCCCAGAAACCUCUGGUUACUACACGCUCCAUGGAGUACCUGCGCUUCAGAGAGCUGCCCGCAGGCAUCAACUCCAUCGUUGCCAUUGCGUCGUACACCGGAUACAACCAGGAAGACUCUGUGAUCAUGAACCGCUCUGCUGUGGACCGAGGCUUCUUCAGGUCUGUGUUCUAUCGAUCGUACAAAGAGCAGGAGUCCAAGAAAGGAUUCGACCAAGAGGAGAUCUUUGAGAAACCCACGCGAGAAACUUGCCAGGGAAUGCGUCACGCCAUCUAUGACAAGCUGGACGACGAUGGGCUGAUCGCUCCUGGCGUGCGUGUGUCCGGAGAGGACGUCAUCAUCGGGAAGACGGUGACUCUGCCCGAGAACGAGGACGAGCUGGACUCCACCAACCGCCGCUACACAAAACGAGACUGCAGCACCUUCCUGCGCACCUCCGAGACGGGCAUCGUGGACCAGGUCAUGGUCACACUCAACCAGGAGGGCUACAAGUUCUGCAAGAUCAGAGUGCGCUCAGUCCGGAUUCCUCAGAUCGGAGAUAAAUUCGCCAGUCGACACGGACAGAAGGGAACGUGUGGGAUCCAGUACAGACAGGAGGAUAUGCCGUUCACCUGUGAAGGCAUCACCCCCGACAUCAUCAUCAACCCCCACGCCAUCCCCUCCAGAAUGACUGUGGGCCAUUUGAUCGAGUGUCUGCAGGGGAAGGUUUCUGCAAACAAAGGAGAGAUUGGAGACGCUACGCCCUUCAACGACGCCGUCAACGUGCAGAAGGUGUCCAACCUGCUGGCAGAGUACGGCUACCAUCUCCGAGGCAACGAGGUGCUGUAUAACGGUUUCACUGGGAGGAAGCUGACGUCCCAGAUCUUCAUCGGUCCCACUUAUUACCAGCGUCUGAAGCACAUGGUGGACGACAAGAUCCACUCCAGAGCCCGAGGUCCAGUGCAGAUCCUGAACCGACAGCCCAUGGAGGGACGGUCCCGUGAUGGCGGCCUGCGUUUCGGCGAGAUGGAGCGAGAUUGUCAGAUUGCCCACGGAGCGGCUCAGUUCCUGCGCGAGCGACUGUUCGAGGCGUCCGACCCGUACCAGGUGCAUGUGUGUAACCUGUGCGGCCUCAUGGCUAUCGCUAACACACGCACACACACCUACGAGUGCCGCGGCUGCCGCAACAAGACACAGGUGUCCCUGGUCCGGAUGCCCUAUGCCUGUAAGUUGCUGUUCCAAGAACUCAUGUCCAUGAGCAUCGCCCCCCGGAUGAUGACGUCAUGA